AUGGCGAACUCCUCAUGGUCGCCGCCGAUGGUGUUGGAACUAGACGGCCUGAGCGGCUGCAGUGUCAGCCAGCGGCGUGUUUACUUUGCGCUGGCACUCGUGUCAUAUGUGCUGACGCUGCUGGUGAACUUGACGCUGAUGGCGACGGUGGCGGCGGAGAAGACGCUGCACCGGCCCAUCUACGUACUGGUGUGCAACUUGUGUGCCAACGGCAUGCUGGGAGCUUCUUGCUUCUACCCCAAGCUGCUUCACGACCUGCUGGCUGAGGUGCAUGUGGUGUCAUAUGUCGGCUGCCUGGUGCAGGUCUUGGUGCUCUACUGGUAUGUCUUCUGUGAGUUUGCCAGUCUAACGCUGAUGGCCUAUGACCGCUAUGUGGCCAUCUGCUGCCCGUUGGUCUACCGUGCCAUCAUGACCACGCAGAAGGUUUGGCGGCUGCUGCUGCUGACAUGGUUGUUGCCGCUGCUGGAGACAACGGCGGGCGUGAUUCUGACGGCGCGCCUGCCGCUGUGUGGCCGGCGGAUCCAUCGACUCUUCUGUACCAACUGGGCGCUAGUCAAGCUGUCGUGCGUCGACAACACCGUCAACAACGUCUACGGCUUCUUGCUGAUGUUCCUGCAGGUGGCGCAGGCCGUCCUCAUCGGCGUCUCGUACGGCCACCUAGUGCGUGCCUCGCUGCGUUCGCGCAGCAACCGCCGGCGCUUCGUGCAGACGUGCGUGCCCCAUGUGCUUACCCUCACCGUCUUCACUGGCUCGGUUUGCUCUGACGUUCUGUUAGAGCGCUACGGCGGUGGCCAGUCAGCGGGCUGGCGCCACGGGCUGGCUGUGUUGUUCAUGGUGGCUCCGCCGCUCCUCAACCCGCUCAUCUACGGCAUCAACCUGCACCAACUCCGGCAUCGCGUCCUCGCAAACCUGAUGCCGUGGCGCCGCGCUCCCUAGGCGUCAAACUCAAAGCCGGAGCCGCCACAUAAUUUUAUGCAUCUUGCAAAAGCAAAUCAUAUGUCAUCUCCUCUUCCACGAUCCUUGCUAAAAUCUGUAAA